GCUUUCACUUUCCUCUUUCUCUCUCUCCUCUCCUUCUUUCCCGGUCGCUUCUCCCACAAUGUCAGGGCACACCACCAACCUAAGGCUCAAGCUCCCCAUCGCCUGUGUUUUCCUUCAGUUCCUGACUAUUCUCCUCUUUGCCCUCUUUGUCCAGUAUGAUGCCGAAACAAGCGCCAAGCUCUGGCACGAGGAACUGGCUCUCCGCAACAAGAGCCACCUGCAGAACGAGUUCUAUUUGCGCUACCCAAGUGAGUAUUCACUGGUUUUGUUUUAUUUUGUCUCUAUCCCGCUUUCCUCCCAGGAAUCAAAGCUGCUCACAAAAAUUAAAACAAGCAGGGGAGGAAACACAGAAAGCUAAAAACACAGAAAGCACAAAUACAGUGGUACCUCGGGUUACAUACGCUUCAGGUUACAUACGCUUCAGGUAACAGACUCCGCUAACCCAGAAAUAGUACCUCGGGUUAAGAACUAUGCUUCAGGAUGAGAACAGAAAUCGUGCUCCAGCGGCGCAGUGACAGUGGGAAGCCCUAUUAGCUAAAGUGGUGCUUCAGGUUAAGAACAGUUUCAGGUUAAGAACAGACCUCUGGAACGAAUUAAGUACUUAACCCGAGGUACCACUGUAGUUGAAAAGUAAUUAUUAUUGCUGUUAUUAUUAGUAUAGAUGUAUACUCCUCCUUUUUCCCGAUGGGACUCAAGGCGGCUUACAGAUACAGUGGUACUUUGGAAGUUGAAUGGAAUCCGUUCCGGAAGUCGGUUUGAUUUCCAAAACAGUUCAGAAACCAAGGCGCAGCUUCCAAUUGGCUGCAGGAAGCUCCUGCAGCCAAUUGGAAAUUGCAGAAUUCGUAAUGGACAUUCAGGUUCCAAGGAACGUUCACAAACCAGAACAACCACUUCUGGGUUUAUGGUGUUUGGGACCCAAAACGUUCAUCUUGCAAGUCAUUCGAGAUCCAAGGUAUGACUGUAAAAACAAGAACCAGUGAAAUUGUAGGAAAAAACAAUCAUUACAAAACAAUUAAACAUUGAAAGAUUUAAAACUGUAUAGACAUAUAAAGUCUGUUUAAAACAUACAAAUAACCAAAAUAAAAACAGCACAGCACCAGCCCUUUCUUUAAAAGCAGUCAGUUCCUAAUAGAACAGGAAAGUCUUCACCUGCCAGUGGAAGGACAACAAGGAGGGUGACAGUCAGGCUUCUUUAGGGAGGGAGUUCCAAAAUCUGAGAGCAGCCACUGAGAAGGCCCUCUAUUGCAUCCCCACCAAGUAUAAAUGUGAGGGUGGCAGGACUGAGAGGCAGGUCUCCCGUGAAGAUCUCAGAGCCCGGGCAGGUUUGUAUGGGAAAAUACAGUCUUUCAGAUAUCCUAGACUUAAGCCAAAGUCUCUCCAUUUUUUUUAUCCAUUCAUUUAUUUUGUAAAAUCUCUCUACUGUUUGAUUGCGCUAUAAAAACCCAGAACACCCCUUGAUGUGAUUUACAAAAAGAAUAAAACUAAAAAACGGUCAGUAAAAAGAGUUAAGAGCAACUAUUUAAAACAUUCAAAUAACAAUUAGGAUUAUUAAUAAGCUAAAAACGGAUUAAAAUUGCCAACAUUCUACGAUCUGGACAGGCUUGUCUAGAAGAAAUGUUUUAAGCAGUCAUCGAAAAGGGUAGGCUGCUGCUUGAUGUCAAUAGACAUGGAGCUCCAUAUAUUAUUGAAAAAUAGCAUUUAAAAAUGCAUUGUAUUCAGGAAACUUGAUUGCCAAAAAAAGAGAGUAUAUUAUGAGAAGUGAGUAUUAAAAUCCUGACAGAUUUUUGCGAAGGGUUUUUAUUUUAUUUUAAAACAAAUCGUUGGCUGAUGUGGAAAUAUUACAAGCUGAAGGCUGCAGAAAUGAGAAACUGAAAUUGACAGUCAUCCAUCUUUAAGCAUAACAGAGUCAAAUUAUAUCCAGUUUACUGAAAUCCUGCCCCUAUCCCCCUUUCCUGAAUUUAACCCUGAGCCCCUAAGGCCUGUUCACACAGGGACAUACAUUUACUCUUGUAUUUAAAAUAUUUCUAUACCACUUUUCAUCCAAGCAGAUUCCUGGAUAGUAUACAAUAAUAUAAUGGGGACGAGCUGUGGCUCAGUGGAAGAGCCUAGAGUGUCUAAGUGUAUAAGAUUAUGUCUAAUCUGUCUAAUGUGUAUAAUAUGCAAGAGUUGUUCAUAUUUUUAUCAGAACUGUACAGAAAAACUCACUUCCCACCACAAUUAAGGAGCAAGCAGUGGAUUGGAAAAUCCCAUCCCUGGUUGCUUGUGAAUCCCUGCAAUUCUAACUUUCUGCAGCUUUUACAAUUGAAGUGAAAAGGUGCUCCUGGAGACCCAUCCCCAUUGUAGGAGAUCAGCUGCCACGUAACUGAAGGUAUCCACAUGGUUAUCGGCCUUUAAAAGGUUGCGAGGUUACUGCAAAAGGAAGCCGACAAUUGUUCUGUUUGCAGACUGCAAUGGCUCCUGUGUGUGUAUUGGAUCUUAUCAGCACACGUAUUCUCAUUCGCUAUCAGAGAAAACUCUUUGAAGCUGGCUGUGCAUACAUGGCGAGUGUACAUUUCAGCCUUGGAAUCUAGUUGAACAGGCAAAGGUCUUUUGUAGGCGGCCUUCCUGGGUAACCGCAUUUGGAAUACAGUGGUAAAUUGGUUCUCAAACUUAAUCCGUUCCGGAAGUCCGUUCCAAAACCAAAGCAUUCCAAAACCAAAGCGCACUUUCCCAUAGAAAGUAAUGCAAAACAGAUUAAUCCAUUCCAGACUUUUACAAACAACCCCUAAAACAGCAGUUUGACAUGAAUUUUACUAACAAGAGCAUUUAUCCAUAAAAUGAAAGCAAUAAUCAAUGUAAUGUCCUAUAAAAAAAAUAAGACAGUAUUGUAGAUUAUAAAAAAUUAAAUUAUUAUUUUUUUCUUACCAGCACUGAUGAUAGUCAUUGUUUGGAUGGGGGGCUUUUAUCCAUUUUCGCAGUCACACAAUCAAUCAAUCAGUAGUUGAACUGGUUUCAACACAGUCACAAAAACAAAUUAACCAAAAAAGCCUCAAAAACAAAAACGCAAAAUAAAUAGCAAAAGCGCCAAACUUAAUUCGUUCUGGAAGUCCUUUUGACUUCUGAAAUGUUCAAAAACCAAGACGCAGCUUCUGAUUGGUGCAGGUGCCCCCGAAACAAUAGCCAACAGCUGCACUGGAUGUUUGGCUUCCGAAAAACAUUUGAAAACCGGAACACUUACUUCUGGUUUUUGGCGUUUGAGUACCAAGGUACCACUGUACUGUGACUGCACUGGGAAUGCUGUGCACAGUUCUGGUUGCCUCGCCUCAAAAAGAAUAUUGCAGAGUUGGAAAAGGUUCAGAAAAGGGCAACCGAAAUGAUUUGAGGGGAUGGAGCAAAUCCUCUAAUGAAGAAAGGUUGCAGCUUUUGUUACUUCUUAGUUUAGAGAAAAGGGAAGUAAGAGGUGACAUGAUGGACAUUUAUAAAAUUACGCAUGGCAUGGAGAAAGUGGGCAAAGAAAAGCUUUCCUCCCUCUGUCAAAACACUAGAACUCAUGGACACCCAAUGAAAAGGAAUGUCAGAAGAUUCAGAACAGAUAAAAGAAAGUAUUUCUUUAUGCAGGACGUGGUUAAUCUGUGGAACUCCCUCCCACAAGACACAGUAACGGGCAUUUGUGCUCACAUUUUAAACCAGUCCAUUUCUCACCCUGAUCCAGGUUUCCAAGAUGUUCACACUAUGAUCUUUGUUGGCUUCGGCUUCUUGAUGACCUUCCUGAAACGGUACAGCUUUGGGGGCGUGGCCUUCAACUUCCUGAUAGCUGCCUUUGCCAUCCAGUGGUCUAUCCUCAUCCAGGGCUUUUUCCAUUCCUUCCAUAAUGGCAAAAUCCACAUUGGAAUAGAAAGGUGAGCAAAGUAGCUCCUUCUCCAAGCUGCUUGGCCUUGGGAAAGGGCCUUAGAGACUCAGUUUCAGCCAGGGAGAGAGAGCAAGAGACCAAUUCAGGAAAGCGUGAUACCAUAUUGGAGGUCUGGGGACCCAGGGGGCAGUGGGUUGGUGUAAGAAGGAGGGUGGGAGGAAAGGACAACAUAAACAGUUCAUGUUAACAAAUGUUUAACAAGAUACCUGCGAAAGUCAAAAGUAGGGGCAAUGAUUUACUGGAAACAGGUAUCAGAAAGUAGGUGCUGCCCCUGGUCAAUAGAGACAAUUGUAUGGUUAAAGGUGAGGGUGGGGGUCAGUCUGGAUGAUACUCUGGGUCCCUUCUGCACCUGUUUAGAAUUAAGUAGCAGAGGCUGCUGAUUCAGCCAAACCAGUCCCUUUGUCAAGGUAAUGGCCUUUUCUGGCCUGUGAAGUACAGCUAUUUAACAUAUCCAAAGAAGUUGUUCUGUUGUCAUAGAGACAAAUGGGUAUUCCUUAUACUACCUCACCUGGCUGGAUGCCACAUCAUCCUGGGAUGGGCAACAAUAAACCAAGAGAUGCUGUGUGGAAGAGCAUUUUGACUGGUUCUGGAAGCUAGAGAUAGAGAGGCUUGUCUUGUUCUGUGCUGGACCCAAAGCUGCGGCUUGGGGCUUCUCUGGAGACCUAAUGGGGAAGCAAGAUCUACUAAUGCUGUGAGCCCCUCCAUCCCACUAAGGUUGUAUAUAUAUAUGUAAAUAAAACCAUAUAUCCUAUAGACACUACAGUCUCCACUGACCCUCAUUUCAAGGCACCCCUGGCAUCUCUCACCACUUGGAGAUUGGGGUGUGUGUGCAACAGUAUAUUGUUACAUGCCACCACCCCAAUCUUGAGCUGGUGAUAGAAUCUAGGGGUUCCAGGAACUCAGGGCAUCAUCCAGACUGACCCCCAAACCCACUAUUAUAUUACAGGGCUUGUCUCCCAGUGCUCCUUUCACCAGACAUGAGCAGUUGCAAGCUUUCCGUAGCCAAUCAGAACUCCCCAUUGGACGACUUUGAUGGUUGUGUCGUGUAGGUCAAUCCUCUGCGGAUGUCCCUUCAUUGGCCCUGAGUUAAUUGGAGUUAACUUACAGCAUUGCAGGGGGCUGGACUAGAUGACCCUUGAGACCUCGUCCAACUCUACAAUUCUAUAAUUCUGUGACAGGGGGCAGGAAAGGGCAGCAGCCUAGACUGUCACAUUCAGACUGUUGCUUCCAAUGUUUUCUGCCAGCAUGAUCAAUGCCGACUUCUGUGCUGGGGCAGUCCUGAUCUCUUUCGGAGCCGUUCUUGGCAAGACGAGUCCUGUCCAGCUGCUACUGAUGACUGUAUUGGAAGUCACCCUCUUUGGCAUUAAUGAAUUUAUCUUACUUAGUUGCUUUGGGGUGAGUCUUUGCAUUAAAAUGAUGCUAUUUAAUCAUGUAUUGCAUUUGUGUCUUGUAUUUCUGUCAGGUUGCUUGAGGUAGCAAUGUGUACAUGCAACAAACAUAAAACAUUGGGAGAAAAUCCUUGCAAUGGUGUAUACAUUAGUCAAAGCCACAUACCAAAAAAUGCUUAUUAGGAGAAAUUCACACUAAAGCGCUGAAGAAUUUUCAUGAGGAUUUAUUUAUUUUUAAUCACAAAUUGCUGCAGAAAUGUGAAGGGAUGAGAGCCAGUGUGGUAUAGUGGCUAGACUGUCAUAUGAGGACCCGCGUGAAACCAGGGUUCAAAUUCCCACUCAGUCAUCGUGAAUCUCACUGGCUGACCUUGAGUUUUUAGGGAGAAAGGUGGGAUACAAAUGCAAGUCAUAAUAAAAAUAAUAAUUUAAGAUAGUAAUAAAUGAGAAACUGAGAGAACCAAAAUUGACAGAUGCUUCUGUCCCUAUCACGCUGUGCCCUUUGCCGAAGCAAAUUUGGAUGAAUGUUGAAUAAAGAUGUUAUCUGGAGGGACCCUCAAAGGAUAUUUCUGAAAUUUAUUCUGGGACUGGAACACCCAUACUUUGCCUUAGCUUUUUGCUUCAGUUAAUUUGCACAUCCCUUUUUGACGGUAAACCUGUGUAGGCAGGGACAGUCUUUUUUAACUGACUGUAUAGAAGCCGCUCUGGGAGCCUUUUUGGCUGAAGUGUAGGGUAUAACUGCUAAUAAUAAUACAGUAAUAAUAAUAUCUGUGUGUGCCACUUUUGCAAUUGUGUGCUCCUUUCUGACCUUCUGGCUCAGGCAAAGGAUGCUGGGGGCUCCAUGACCAUCCAUACCUUUGGGGCCUACUUUGGAUUGAUGGUGUCCAGGAUUCUUUACCGGCCUCAGCUGAAGAAGAGCAGAGAACGAGAAGGCUCCACCUAUCACUCAGAUCUCUUUGCUAUGAUUGGUAAGAGCCACCACAUAGGUGGAGGGUUGUUGCUGCCGUUAAUGGCUAAAUCUUAUAGGAAGAGGGGUUUUUAGAGCAAGAGGGAACGGACUGUUUUCUGUCCCAGAAAAAUGAAGUUAGGAGAGAAAGGCCACCUUCUAGUCCAGAACCUUCUCCCUCACAGUGGCCAGUCAGGAAAUAACACCUUAAGAACCUAACAGAAGAACAUAAGCAGAGCCUGAUGGAUCAGGCCAAUGGCCCAUCUAGUCCAGCAUCCUAUUCUCACAGUGGCCAACCAGAUGCUUGUGGGGAACCCACAAGAAUGGCCUGAGCACAAAAGCAACUCUCUCUUCCUGUGACUACCAGCAGCUGGUAUUCAGAAGCAUUACUGCCUCUGACCAGUGCAUAGCCAUCGCAGCUAGUAGCCACUGGUUGCCUUAUCUUCCCCCAUGAAUUUUUCCAGUCCUCUUUUAAAGCCCUCCAAACUGGUGGCCAUCACUGCCUCCUGUGGGAGGGAGUUCCAUUGUUUAACUCUGUGUUGCAUGAAGAAACGCUUUCUUUUGUCUGUCCUGACUCUUCCAGCUUCACUGGAUGUUCAUGAAUUCUAGUGUUAUUGUGGUGUCAGUGCGUCUGGCUGUUAACCAGAAGAUUUGGGGUUCGAGUUCACCCAGGGAUGGCUGUGGGCAGGAUUUCUGCAUUGAACAGGGUUGGAAUAGAUGACCCCCGAGAUCCCUUCGAACUCUACAAUUCUAUGAAGAAAGGAAGAAAGUCAUUUCUCUAAAUAUGACUUUACACCCCUAUGUCUUGGUUGUUUCUUACCAACUGGAUGCUGCUGGAAAGUCCAGUGGAGGCAGAGCAUGCGCUUCAUGGCUAGUUGUCCAUGAUAGCAUUAUUGUCCCCUGUGACUUUGUCCAAUCCUCUUUUAAAGCUGCUUCCCUUUCUUCCCUCCAUGCAGGAACUCUCUUCCUCUGGCUUUUCUGGCCCAGCUUCAAUUCAGCGGUGGCGGCCCAUGGAGAUGACCAGCUACGGACGGUCAUGAACACCUACUUCUCCCUGGCUGCGAGCACCCUCACCACCUUCGCCCUCUCGGCCCUGGUGAAUGGAGGGGGCAAGCUGGACAUGGUGAGGCCAGUUUGGUGGCCUCUUUUGUAGGGCUUUGGGUGAAAAGAGCAUCCCUGCUCACCCCUGUCAUACAUUAGAUCAGGCUUCCUCAACCCCGGCCCUCUAGGUGUUUUGAAACUACAAUUCCCAUCAUCCCUGACCACUGGUCCUGCUAGCUAGGGAUCAUGGGUGUUGUAGGCCAAUAACAUCUGGAGGACCAAGGUUGAGGAAGCCUGCAUUAGAUUCUGGGGCUUCCAGACUGUCGUUCUUUUCUGAGGGGAUUAAAUCACAUCUUGGCAGGUCAACAACCUCUCUUCCCUCAAAAGACUGGAUUUUUUGGCAACAAGGAAAGUGAAGGGGAAAUGACUUGCUUUCAUGUGACAUCAUCUAACCUCCCAGCAAGCAAAUCAGUGCUCAUGAAAUAACCAACACCAUCUAAUCUCCCUGUCAACAAAUCAAAGAAUAGAUAGUCUGAAAGCACUUAUGUGGGAAUUAAAUUCUAGUUCCCAUUUAUAGAGCGAUGUGGAAGACCCUUUGAUUAGUUCCCUUUUCCCUCCUAUUAAAAACUACACAAGACACUCUCUUUUUAAAGUUUAAAUAGCAAAUAACUUUUACUCAGUGUACUUGUACUUGCAGAUUAAAAUAUAUGACGCAGGUAGGAGUUGCUGUACAGUGGUGCCUCGCAAGACGAAAUUAAUCCGUUCCUCGAGUCUCUUUGUCUUGCGGUUUUUUCGUCUUGCGAAGCACGGCUAUUAGCGGCUUAGCGGCUAUUAGCGGCUUAGCGGCUUAGCGGCUAUUAACGGCUUAGCGGCUUUAAGAAAAAGGAAACAAACUCACAAGAACUCGCAAGACGUUUCGUCUUCCGAAGCAAGCCCAUAGGGAAAUUCGUCUUGCGGAACGACUCAAAAAACGGAAAACUCUUUCGUCUAGCGAGUUUUUCGUCUUGCGAGGCAUUCGUCUUGCGGGGCACCACUGUACUUAUGUUGCUAAUACAUCUUACGUAGAUUUGCAUCUGAGAUAAAUACUGUUACAGCCUAGCUCUGAGGCAGACAGCAGCAUAACAGAACAUACCUGCUGCUCUAACUGUUAAGGCUGUCCAUAACUGCCAUAACUGUACCAACUGAAAUAACUGCCUCUGACGUAUGACAUCACAGAGUUCUAUAGCCCCUGUGAACAUUAAUCCUUUACUUAACAUUUUGGAUGCUUUCAUCCCACACUUUGGGCCAUUGAUGUAAAGCAGUAUCGUGCCAUUUGAAACAGCCAUGGCUUCUUCCUCAGAAGGAUUAAGGGUGCUUAAUUGGGGUAAUUCCGCUGCAAAAAUGUGCAUGUCAGGCAAAAAGGCAUGCCAAAAUGUGCCUAUUAGGUGAAAUUUGCACUGAAAUACUGAUGGGGGAAAAUAAUUGUUGUUGUUUAUUUAAAAAAAUCACAAAUUUUAGAAUGAAACAACGAGAAGCUGAAAUAAGCUGAAACUGACAGAUUUGCUCACUCCCUGGCCUAGAGAGCUUCCUUCAAUGCAGGUUAGGGGGUGAGUUUCCCCCUUGCUGCUGCACACCCUCCUCCUAUCCUGACUCACACUGAAGCCAUUUGAUUAUCUAUUGAUUUUCUCUUACCAGGUUCAUGUUCAAAAUGCAGCCUUGGCUGGUGGAGUGAUUGUUGGGACCUCAGGAGAGAUGAUGCUGACCCCAUUUGGAGCCAUGAUUGCAGGGGUCUUGGCUGGCUCUGUGUCAGUUCUUGGCUUCAAAUUCCUUACGGUAUGUUUCCCUCCAAAACAACAGCAACUUUUGGGGAAAUGCAAAGAAUUCUGUGCCACAAGGAAGUGACAUUACCAGUUUUCCUUGGACUUCCAAAGAAGGGCCAUAACUCAGUGGUGGGGCAUUUUUACACCCUAGUCCAGGGAUAGCCCUUGUUACGCCUUCCAGGUUUGAGCUCUAGAUUUCUGAGCAGCCACUAAAAGAAGCGUCAGUAAAUCAUUAUUCUUUAUGCCAGCAUGUAGGCCUUCAAAAAGGGACAGUAAACAUGAACGGGGUGAGAAAUCCAUCGCCUCCCAAAUUAGUUUGGAUACUUCUCAGGACACCAUAGAAUCAUAGAAUUAUAGAGUUAGAAGGGACCCUCAGGGUCAUCUAGUCCAACCCCCUGCAAUGCAGGUAUGUCAGCUAAAGCAUCAGUGGCAGAUGGCCUCUGCUUUGAAACCUUAAAAACCAGCCCCCCAAAUGCCUGCAUGACCAGGCAACCUCACCAUAAACCCCACUAGCUCAAGUUUUACUGAACAACAAAGGCACCUCCUGCCAUCAUAAAUACUGGGAGUCUCCUACAAGCCCCUUCUGGUUUCUAACACUGUACAGUGGUACCUUGGGUUACAAACGCUUCGGGUUACAAACGCUUCAGGCUAUAAACUCCGCUAACCUGGAAGUAGUACCUCAGGUUAAGAACUUUACCUCAGGAUGAGAACAGAAAUCGCGCGGCGGCAGCAGGAGGCCCCAUUAGCUAAAGUGGUACCUCAGGUUAAGAACAGUUUCAGGUUAAGAACAGACGUCCGGAACGAAUUAAGUUCUUAACCAGAGGUACUACUGUAAUUGAAACGAUCUGCCAUGGUGACUAGAGAUUUGGUGCCAUUUUAAAAAAUAGUAAUAAUAAGGUUCAGGUUCCCAAGAUUUUGGGGAAACAUUAUGUGCAUCUUUGUGAACAGAAAGUGCCCCACUAGAUGGGUGAGUACCACCACACACAAUCCCCAGGAGGCCACCUAGAUGCUUGAUGCAGGAAAUCCAGGACUAGAGCCUCCUUGAGAGAUGGCAGUCUAUCUUGCGGCAUGGAAUCCCAUCCAUUCUGUGCCAAAAUUCUUUUUGUGCUGAAUGCCUCUUCCUCCCCAGCCCUUUCUGGCCUCCAGGCUGAAAAUACAUGACACCUGUGGAGUCCACAACCUGCACGGGAUGCCAGGAAUCCUUGGUGGCCUCCUUGGCGUGCUGGUGGCAGGGCUGGCAACAGAAGAUGUUUACGGAGAUGGGUGAGUCCUGGUGAGAGCCAAUGUGGCUUAAUGGUUCUUCCAUAAACUUUGAUCUAUGGAACUGGCCCUGUUACAGGUGUCACAUAAUGCACAUUCCACAUUUGUAAGAAAUCAAUCUUUUAGAGCGGUAUAUUGACGCUAGGCAGGCACCCAUGUUGUACUCCUUUUGGUGCUUGGUAAAAACAUUUUUUUAAUAAUGAUGAUUACAUUUAUUACCUGCCCUUCACCAACAGGUCCCAGAGAGGUUUACAACGAUUUUAAAGUAGAGAAUUGAAGACAGUUAAAAUACUUUGUUGUUGUUUAGUCAUUUAGUCGUGUCCGACUCUUCGUGAUCCCAUGGACCAGAGCACGCCAGGCACUUCUGUCUUCCACUGCCUCCCGCAGUUUAGUCAAACUCAAGAUGGAAGCUACCAGCAUGAGUUAAAAUACUACAUUCACAAUAAUAAGGUGUGACCUGAAACAUGCUAAUCUCAGGUGCCAAAGGCCAGAGCAAAGAGGUUUAGGCAAGCUUACCCAGUUAUGUAAAUGUCAACAUGUGUUUUUAGCUCAUUUUUUAUUUUAAUUGUUUUUUGAAUGUUUUACAUAUAUGCAUGCAUACAUACAUACAUACAUACAUGCAUGCAUAAAUUUAUUUGUAUGCUGCCUUUUCAUAGAACCAUGCUCAAGGCAGCUUACAACAUGAAACAGCACAAAAUUACAAACAAAACAAAAGUAAAUAAAUGUCUGUAACUGUUGUUAUUGAUAAUUUUUCAUGUUUUAUUCUUCUUGUGAAUCUCUCUGAGGCUUUUUUCUUACUAUCAAGCGGUAUAUAAAUUUUAUGAAACAAAUAAAUGUAAUUGGUGUGUUGGGGCUAAGGGUUCAAAUCCCCACACAUUGAGUGGCCUUCAGUCUAUUCUCUGUCAGCCCAGACAACCUCACAUGGGUUGUUGUAAAGAUAAAAUGGGGUAGAACCUGUUGGAGGGAGAGUGGAAUAUAAAUACAGAUAACAAUGUUAAUAUUAAUCCAACUCGCAAGAGAUCAGACUCCAGCCUGUUUUCCAGGACAGGCCAAGCUUGUUGAGACCCACUCACUGGAUCUUGUCUGUUGCCUUUGCAGCCUGGCGGACAUCUUUCCUCUUGUCGCCUCUGGGAAACGGACCACCACGUACCAAAGCCUCUUCCAGCUGAGUGGUUUGGUUGUCACUCUGGGAUUGGCUAUGACUGGUGGAAGCAUUGUGGGUGAGUUUUUCCAUGGCCAAAGAUUUGAAGGUGGAGGUAACGCCAUUCCCAACCCUUUGCAAGGAAUGAGGAGGGGGAGCUUUCCGAUUAUUCAAAAUAUUUCUAUUGCACUUUCCCCACAAUAAUUUCAAAAGCACCCCCAGCUCCCUCAGCCAUUCUUCAUAAGGGUUGGUUUCCGGACCCUUAAUCAUCUUGGUCACUCUCCUCUGCACACCUUCCAGCUUGUCAACAUCCUUCUUAAAUUGUGAUGCCCAGAAUGGACACAGUAAUCCAGGCAUGGUCUGACCAAGGCAGAAUAUAGCAGUACUAUGACUCCCGUUGAUCUGGACAUUAGGCUUCCGUAGAUCCAGCCUAGAAUUGCAUUAGCUUUUUAUGUUGCAGUUGCCAUAACCAUCACCACCACAAUGCCCUGGAAUGAUCAUUUGAACCUGGCACUGUAGAGCUGAAUAGGGAGUGUCAUGGGGCCAUUUUCCACACAGCCCUAGAUGCAAUAACAAAAAAAUAAUAAAUAUAUCGUCAGUGGCAGUAAAAGUUCUCAUCAUUAUCUGUCCUGGUGACAGAGUGGCUCCCCUAAAUUUCACCAGGCUCAGCCCACCAUAGAUGGUACCACAAUUCCUAGCAUCGCCCCCCUUCACUUCUGAAGGCAGAGGGGUACCCUUGAGUGCCAAGAAUUACUUCUGGUAGUUGACUGUUUGCUACUCCCUAAGCAUUGAAGAUCAUGCUAAAGGCCCAUCCAGUCCAGCAUCCUCUCAUGGGAGAAUUUGUUUCAACACUUUGUGUGCAUUUGCACAUCACAUUGCCCUUCGUUUGGUUUGUACAACUUACCUGCCUCCAUAGAGGAGCAGAGCAAAAAAAUCUGUGUUGUACAGCCCCUCUCUCUGAGUGGUGAGAGACUCCACAGGUUUCUGAGCUUACCCAGGGUUUGGUGUCCUUGGAAUGAAGGUUGAUGGAGACCGUGGUGUCUUUUUAAAAAUUUAUAAAUCUUUAUUAAACAUUCAACAAUUACAUACAUAACAAUGUGGAGACUGUGGUGUCUUUAGGAUGUUUGGUUUUAUUUACUGUUAAGUUGUGGGCGAACAUGUCAGACGACACAGCGAUUCUUUAAACAGCUCUUCUUUAUUCAGAUGCCAGAACAGAACUAGGCUGAGGAGCUCAGUCAGCCUGCUUAUAUAGAGCUCCAGAACCAUGCAACUGUUGCCAUUUUCUAAAACUAUCCAAUCACUGAACGUCACUUUUCGAUCCUUCAUUUGCAUACAAAACUAUCCAAUCACUAUCAUUUGCAUACAAAAACUAUCCAAUCACUAUCAUUUGCAUACAAAACUAUCCAAUCACUGAACGUCACUUUUCGAUCCUUCAUUUGCAUAACUAUCUACAGUAUCCCCCUGCUGGCCCAGGGUGAGAACUUCAGUACAUAACAUUUACACGUAUAUACAACUUGAGGACAAGAUGGAGGAGCUCACAGCAUGAAUUCCCCAAUAGAUCUUGCUUCCUCUGUUAGGUUUCCAAUGAGAUCUCCAAGUCAUAGCUUGGGGUCCAGCACAGAGGCACACAUGUCUCUGUGCCUCUGCCAUCAACCGGAACUCAGCCCCCUUUGGCCUCUUGUUCCCCAUAGGAAUAUGUGCCAUCCAGCCAACUGAGGUGGGAAAAGGUCCACCCAUUUAUCUCUAUGGCAAACUCUUAGGAACGUAAAUGGUACUCUCUGUGUGAGAUAGCCAGCGGAGUAUGGUGGUUAGAGUGUCAGACUAGGACCUGGGAGACCAGGGUUUGAAUCCCUGCUUGGCCAUGAAGCUCACUGGCUGACUUUGGCCCAGUCACUGCCUCUCAGCCUAAGCUACAUCACAAAAUUGUUGUGGGAGAUAAAUGAGGGGGAGAACCAUGCACACCACCUUGAGCUCCUUGGAGGAAAAAAGGCGAGAUACAAAUGCAGUAAAAGAAAUAAAAUACUUAAAAGGCAAGCCAAACCAGUUUGACUGAUUCACCAGGUUUCCUCCUGUCAAUUCUAACUUCGCUGUCACAGGUUUGGAAGGGACCCACGGAUAUCAUUCAGAUUCACACCCUAAAUAGUUAUCACUAUUAAAAUCAUGGGAGGGUAGAUUUCAAAUUUUUGAAGGCUCCACUUUGAUCGCUACAUAAAACCAUUUAAAACAGAGUUUAGCAAUGUUGGUUGCUGAUGACAGUAUUGCAUGGGAAAACAGAGAAGACCGAAUUGUGGUCACUGAAACAGUAUUGAACCAAUCAAUUUUCUCCAUUCAUUCCUUUUUCAAGGCACAACCUUUUUCUUGCCACUGGAGGUCAGUACAAGCUAAAAUAUGGAUAUUUCCCAGCCACGGCCUCCUCAAACCAGCAAUUUGAGGAUGGACUUGGGCUGGAUUAUAAAAAUAGAAGGGCUAUUUUGUUUAAUGUUGGAAGAACUCAGAAAGAUUUUGGCCACAUAUACACCAUACAUUUAAAGCACUGUGAUACCACUUCAAAUGGUUCCCCAAAGAAUCCUGGGAGCUGUAGUUUCUUAAGGGUGCUGAGAGACCCCCAUUCCCAUCACAGACCCACCAAUUCCAGAAUGGUUUAAGAAAUCAAUCCCACUUUCCAAGGAAGUAUGGAAAUUGUAGCUCUGGGGAGGGAAUGGGGGGGUCUCUCAGCACCCAUAGUUCCCAGAAUUCUUUGGGAGAAGCUGUUAAAUGUAUGGUGGUAUGACUCCGGCUUCAUGUCCUGCAUAUGAAGGCAGCUUAGAGUUCUCCUUCUAUGCCAUGACACACACACCCCAUUCCUCCCUCUUGCAUUUCCCAGGGGUCAUCAUGAAGUCGCGGAUACUUGGAUCUCCGAAUGACUCUCUCUGCUUUGAAGAUAAUAUCUACUGGGAGGUAUCUGCACUUUUGCUAUUUAUUAUUUGAUCAUUAAUACAGUGGCAUCAGUAUAUUAUUUUGCCCUGUGCCCCAUUCCACUGAUGAAAUGACUGCUUCCAGGUGACCCUUGAGGAGCUCUGCUUCCCAUCUCCCUGUGUGGGAUAUUUAAAGGGCGGUCAAACCAACUAUUCGUGUUUUGCUAGAUAGGCACAUGAUAGGAGCUCGCAGAGUUUUCCUGUAAACUUGCUAAAGAGAACUCUGUGAGAGACACUCCAACUGUGCUUUGAAAGGGGGAGGACAUAGCUGUAUAUUAUCCUUCCUGCCUGGGCACACCCUCUCUUUCUAUCUCUCUUCAUCCUGUCAGCAAUGUGAGAACAAGCUCUAAUGCCAUUUCAAGCAAGACGUAUGUCUUUGUAACUGAAUUGCCAUUUUAAGCCUGCCUAAACAAAUUUGCUGUUUCUGCUACUCUUCAACAAGUAUUCUGUAGUUGUUAUUUUUACCUUUUACAAGAUUCUUUGUAAUAUUGUUAUUUUAAGGGAGAGAAAGGGGGAGAAUACCAGGAAAAUCUAGUCUGCCUUAAACAUCCUGGAUUACUUAAACUAAAAGGCCAAAACUAGCCUAGCUAAGCUUCCAUUUUCAGCUGCAAAGGGGUGGCACUCUGCUGAACUCACAAACGUGAGGAAAGAAGGAUAAUAUCUAACAAAUAUAUCCUCUCCUAGCAUCUAUUCACAUCCCAGCACCCAUGAGGUGAGGGGGGUUGGGAUGUUGGUGUCCUUUUCUCACCUGAUUGCUCCUUCUACUUAGGUUCCUGAGGAUCAUCACAAUGGCUUCCAGGGUGUUGUGGUUGUGAGAGCCCAGGAGACAGACAGAGACUCAAGCGCCUGACAGAAUGCUACCGUCUUCUACACAGCAGCAGGCAAAAAGAUGAAAGCAAGGGAUCUGCCAUGUUCAGGAGAUCCCAGCCAUUAGGAGAUCUGCUCUGAAGUCAAAAUACCACAAAGGUGGUUCCAGGGCUCCAGUCCCCUUAGAAGGCAGAGCCAGAGGAUUCGCCAGAUGAUUUGCCUGUGGUGACUCUGUUUUGCAAAGGAGUGCAUUCUGCGUAUUCUCAGAAGCACUGCCUUAUGUGUUAUUACUUUGCAUAUUCCAAAGGUGAGCCAUGGCAUCCUGAAACAGGUUCCAGCAUUACACACUGAUGAUCCACCCUUCUCAAAUGAGGCCCUUGACCCUAUGGACAAGAAGGACCCUGAAGCCAAGAUGAAGAUGAAAUGGUCAAAUCUUCGACCUGAAUAUACUUGCCUUCACUUAGGGAUUUCUUCCACAAGACUGCCAAGGCAGUGCUCAUUUCCUGAAAGGCUGGUGGCUAACUACUGCCAUUUUUGUGGUAUUUGUUCAUCAUCCUGUGAUCCAAAAAUACAACUUGGCCUUUCAACAUAAAAUCCUUGGCUAGCAUGGUUGAAACCUCGGAAAGCAAACAUCAGGACAGAAAUGCAAAAUCAAACAGGGGGCGGUAGUUGGAAUAUUUGUAAUGAUUUGAUUACUAAUAUUUGUAUUUAAAUAGUGGAAACGUUUGUGUGAUGACUUACAUAUUUUUUUAUUAUGCCCUAAAUCCAUAUAACUGAAGUCCUGAGAGACCCUCUUGUGCUAUUUCAAAUAUCUGUUAAAAUGACAGUCGUUUGCUCUAUCUGUUAAAAACAAAUGAAAAGUUUAGGAUGUCUGUGGUGACCCUCGGAACCUUCUGACUGAGUAAUAAUGAGCAGAUUUAUUGUGGCAGACGUCUUUGCCACAAUAAAUCUGUUAGUACUGAGGAUGCCACAAGACUUUCUGUUGCAUUUGCUGCAACAGAUGAAAUGCAAACUAACCCCUCUGGCGAGAGUCACCAUGGCAGGGAUUUUCAAGAAGUAAAUCUAUGGCCAGCACAGAGGUCUGAUGCUGAGCUGAACCCGGAACUGAGUUCUACCUUUAGAAAAGCCCCAGGAGUAUUUUUAGGAGGCUGCGGAGAAGCAUCAUGCUCUCCAGAAAAACACAGACCAAUACAGAAGUCUCUUCAGGCUGGAAUAUUAUUAUUAUGUAUUCAGUUUAUAUACUGCCCUUUAUCAAAAGAUCCCAAGGCUGUGCACAAUAUUAAGAACACAUUUUAGAGAGCAUCAAUAGUAAAAAAAAAAAGCAUAAUAACAGACAACAUAAUAAUAAAAUCAUCAUAAUAACACCAAUACUGGAUAGCUCAGUUGGUUAGAGCGUGGUCUGAUAACGCCAAGGUUUCAGGUUUGAUCCCUAUGUGGGACAGCUGUAUAUUCCUGCAAUUCAGGGGUUUGGACUAGAUGAUCAUCAGGGUCCCUUCCAACUCUGCAAUUCUAUGAUUCUAACAGUGCCCCCAGUCACAGUUUUAACAGGCCAUAGAUUAUUUAAUGGCUAAAGACCUGGGUAAAGAGGAAUGUUUAGAGGAAGCUGCCUUAUACUGUACUGAGUCAGACCACUGGUCCAUCUAGCUCAGUACUGCCUACACUGACUGGCAGCAGCUCUCCAAGGUUUCAGGCAGGGAAACUUACACAGGUUUACUGGAAAUGCCUGAACAUGGGACCUUCUUAAUCACUGGGCAACUGCCCUUUCCCACUUUCCCCCCAAACGGCUGGGAUAUAUGCUACAUAACAGGAACUGAAGUUAUGAAAAAGUUACGACAGUAUUCUCAAUGUUUUAUGUCAUGUUGUAAUCUUUUCUCCAAAGGAAAUAUUUGAAACAGGGAUAAUGUUUCUCCAAAUAUUUCCUACUAUCCCAUUCAGUAUCUGCCGCCCCCCUGGCAGUUCUCACAGUAUAUUAAAGUACUAUCUGACAUGAAUUAAA